UCUGACCGUGUCCCUCCGAGUUGCCGUAGACAGAGCCAAGCGCAUGCGCUCUUUCUGCCUUUUCCGAAUAGCAAUGGCGUCGUCCUUAGCAAUGUGCAGGUUACAUGUUAUGGGCAGAAGUAGUUUGGUGAAAUGCUUACAGAAUGGCGAUACAUUUCUGCACAGAUGUGUUGGAACAAACGUUGUUGCUGCGCAAGUUAAGGCGUCACGGAAAGAAGAAACCGAGGAUGGACGCAAGUCGUUAAACGCCGUACAAGUGGAGAGACAAGAACAAGCAGAAAGAUCUGUCCUCAUCAGCUGCCAUUCCAGAACCAAUGAGAGAAAGUUUCUCAAGUAUUUUUCCAGGCAUGGCGAUAUCAACAAAUAUUUUUUUUAUGAAAGCUAUGGCAUGUAUGCAGUAGUGGAGUUUGCCAGUCAGGAAGGUGUUGCCUCUUUACUUGAAGGGGCUGCCAUCCCAAGCAUCGACUAUGAGUCUGUGGUGCCUUUUAAAUCAAGAUCCUUCUCCCUGAGGAAUUUGGGCUUAGCAGAGUCGCCAAACCAGCAGUCAGGCAAACUCUGCCAACCACAGACCACCAUUCCCAUCAAUGAGCUCAUAAAGAAACUGUCCAAAGAGCAGAGUAUAGACCAACAGAUAACGUCUUUGACAGAAGCCUAUCAACUGACUGAGGAGAACAUCAGGUUGCGUUUUCUUGUCUGCUCUCUGCUUAAGGACAUUGCUGCUGCUUAUUUCCCAGAAUGCACUAUCAGGCCAUUUGGUUCUUCAGUGAACGGCUUCGGGAAGCUUGGCUGUGAUCUGGACAUGUUUCUGGACCUAGAUGGCAUAAGUGGAAGGAAUAUGGCCAAAUCAGGUCUUUCUCUGGAGUACCAGAUGAAGAGGGCGACCUCAGAGCGGGCUGUCACCCAGAGCAUCCUUUCUGUCAUCGGUGAGUGUGUAGACCAGUUUGGACCCGGCUGCGUCGGGGUACAGAAGAUUCUCAACGCCCGUUGUCCUCUAGUGCGCUUUGCCCACCAGCCUUCUGGCUUUCAGUGUGACCUCACAGCCAACAACAGGGUGGCAAUGAAGAGCACAGAGCUGCUUUACCUGUAUGGAGUGUUGGACCCACGGGUGCGAUGCCUUGUGUUCACUGUGCGCUGCUGGGCCCGCGCUCAUGGAAUCACCAGCAGCAUCCCUGGGGCUUGGAUCACAAAUUUUUCCCUUACAGUCAUGGUGCUGUUUUUCCUGCAGAGAAGGAGCUCCCCUGUUAUUCCCACACUGGACCAUCUCAAAGAGCUUGCAGGUCCUGCAGACAAGAGUGUGAUUGAAGGCAACGACUGCACGUUUGUCAGCGACUUCAGCAAAAUCCAGGUCCAGAGCAACGAAGAAACAUUAGAGCAACUGCUGUGUGGGUUCUUUGAGUUCUAUGCCACUUUUCCAUUCAGCAGGAUGUCCAUAAAUAUCCGAAAGGGGAAAGAGCAGAACAAACCAGAGAUGAACCCGCUGCACAUCCAGAACCCGUUUGAAACCUCUUUGAAUGUCAGCAAGAACGUCAACACCACCCAGCUGGAGCGCUUCGUGGCUUUGUGUCAGGAGAGCUCGUGGCUGCUCCAGCAGAGUGACACCACCACGCCCAGCGCUAGCAGCCAGGGAGACACUCCGGUUCCUUGGGGACUUGCUACACUUUUGCUUCCUUCACAGGUUGCCGGGAUCAAAGGUCGCAAGAAAAAGAAAAGGGAGCCUGCCAGCGAGAUGAUCAAGAGCUUAUUAGAAUCCUUGAAGAAUAAAAAUCCGCAAAACAAUAGCUGAGACUCUUUGAACAAGCUUCAUCUUGUCGUCAUUUUUGUGCACUGGUGUGUUUGUCUCAACUGCUGAGACAAGAGCGGGAAGAGUCCCUUCUUCGUGACUGUACUUCCCAACAUGCACACCGGAUGGCGGUAUUGAGGCUUUUAUUCGCUUCUUUGGGUGAUUUUAAAUAAACGAGUGAUUACUGUGUACAUCACUAUAGACUUACCUGCUCCACAGUGAAUAAAGGCUAUAUGAUGGAAAAACUGAGGAGUCUCACCAGAUCUCUGUAGAAGACUGUAGAGUGUACAUGGAUGUUAUAAGAAUUACAAUGAACAUUUUCUGUUUACACAUCAAACUAAAUCACUCCUGACUUAUAUAUUUCUGUUCAGCUAAUAUGCAGCAUGGAUGAAAUAGACAGGGUGACUUGCAACAAUUGAUUAAAUACUUUCAAGUUUCAUUUAUUUCACUUGUUUGAUUAUUUCUAAGACUUUGAUAUUUAAUUCCUGAUGUAUAAGAUCUUGCUGGAGCAUUAGAGCACUAGGUGGCAUGCUCCCUUUUUCCAGCGUUAGCUACCUAACAGAAGCUAGCAAGAAGCUCAAAGAAGGUAAUCACUGAUAAUGUAGAAUGCUGUGGUCUUUGGUGAUGCUUUUUCAGUAGUAGCUCAGACAUGAUAAAUGACUAGCUUAUAAGCAUAUACUUACAGUAUGUCUACAUAACAUCUUCCAUUACCUGCUGUCUUAGAUGGAUUUUUACUCCAGGAAAUAUAAAUUUUUUAUUAGUCUUUAAAUUCGUUAGUGUCUACACACAGUAACAUAACAGCAGCAGUACGCAGUGUCCUGUUCUCUGCAUCGUCUGUUGUUUGUUUUUCGUCCUGUCCAGCAGUUCCGCAUGCACUGAGCUGCAUUGUGACGGAAGGUCUUCAUUUUUCACUAUAUAAAGAUAAUAUACUCCUCU